CGAAGUUCUAUCUGAAAGGGUAUUCAAGCUACGGCGUGCCGAAGCUUGCAUUUCUUUCCUAGAUUCUGACGACUUAAAGAAAGACUAAAAGGAAUUAACAAUCAAAAUAAUACAUCCCCGCGUGUUUCAAAAAUGAGUGCGUCACCUUGCAUGGAUUUUAGCCGGAAAACCCUCCACGACUACGACGUGCUGGCUGUGAUGCGCAACGGCUCGUUCGGUGCCUUGUUCAAGGUGCGGGACAAGAGCUCCGGUGAGCCGUUUGUCUUGAACGGCAUCAAUUACGACAAGCUGGACGAGGUCAAGUGCGAGGCCAUGUUCUCGGAGAUAACCAUGCUCCGGGAACUGCAGCACCCUAACAUUGUGCAAUACCACCACCAUUUCGACAAUCGGGUGGUGCAGGUAUUGCACAUUGUUAUGGAGUGCUCUGCCGGCGGCGAUCUCGCCCAGCUUGUCGAGCGGGCGCGAACACAGAGACGCCGGUUCGAGGAGCGGUAUAUCUGGCGGGUCCUCAUGCAAAUGUGCCGCGCCCUGCAUCGGUGCCACAAUAGGAUUGACGGAGCGAUCCUGCACAGGGAUGUGCAGCCGUCGAAUAUUUUCCUGGACGCUGCCGGCAACGCCAAGCUGGGGGAGUUCGGCCUGGCCAAGAUGUUGCGGGACCUAAGCCUCGACGCUUCGGACGUGUGCACUCCGGACUACAUGAGUCCGGAGCUGCUCCGCGGCAGGAUAUCCGACAGGAAGAGCGACGUGUGGGCCCUGGGCUGCGUGGUGUACGAAAUGUGCGCCCUGCGUCCACCAUUCCAUGGGCCCACCUUCGCUCAGCUGUCCGCCCAGGGCGUGUUCCGUCGGAUUCCUGCCGUGUACGGUUCCGAUCUACAGGAGACCAUCUCAGCUAUGCUGGCCGUAGAUCGUGAACAGCGUCCCGGCGUCGACUUGAUCUUGGGGCAUCCGUUGAUGGUCCGGAAUGCCAGAGAGCUGGGCGGCGGUUUUCCGAACCUCGUCGAGGCUGGUGAGUACUUUUACUGCCUGCUGGCAGCAGGUUCUUUGAGUCUUCCAGGCAACGAUCUCCAAGAGCCUUAUCAAUAUGAUAUAUUAAUCAAAUUGGGUAUUUUUUUUAGAAGGAUACAUGUCAUAAAACAUCAUCAGCAUCUGGUCCAUGCGCAAGAUCGCAUCACAAGCGAAGGAGAAGGAACUGAUGUAUAUAUAUAUUUAAAAGGUCAGCGUGUGCGGAACGGCGAGGGCCUGCGAUGGAUGGCCAGCAAGCACAAGAUACGGCCCCAGCUGGACCAGCUGCCGUCCGAUCGGCUGGACCAGUUACGCAGCAAUCUCUUCGAGCGGCGCCAGGAGCUUGCCGGCGAUGAGCGGCUGGAGUUGCGCCGGUCCGUAGUGGAUGGCCACAAGCACAUCAACGCUCACUUUGCAGGCGAAUCACGAGACUCUAGACGCCAUUAGCUGUGAGCACCUGAUCCACGGACUGGAGUCCACCAACGACGAAUGGCAGCGUGCCCUGUCGCUGCUGGAGAUGAUGAAGGUAACCAGUACGCCCAGUGUGGCCGCCUAUAGUGGCUGGCCGGGAAGGCCUUCAGCGAUGAGAAACCGGAGCAUUUGGAGCUGGCCUGGCAAGAGAUGGCCCUUUCCCGCAAACUGCCCAGGUGCGAGGUCUAUCUGGCUCUACUCGAUCGCCUCCCAAGCAACCAGGCCAACUUCCAGCACAGCUCCGUCGAUUGUUGCAGUUGCAGUUCCUCGA